CGGUGUACACGCACUACCCGGCAUCAAUCUACGAAGUUGCGUCGAAGAUGAAGAUUCCAGCAAUACUCGUAACGUCUCUCCUCGUUUGGGGAUUCGCUAGUGGCCGAGUUAUCGAGUCCAGUGCAACGGCGUCCGCGGAGGCAUCAGUUUCAUCAUCGGCCAGAAACAUUGACUUACCGUAUGGUAAACAUUACCAUUUAAAGGAAGGGAAGAAGACCAAUGAACUUGUGGAAGAAUCACUUAACGCACCUGUUUUGAAGAUUGGCAUCAAUAAUGGUGGGUUGGAUGUUGCGAAAGGUGCAGCAAUUAUCCAAUCGGCCUUAUUUGACGCGUCAACUUACACGGACCAGCGGUCGCUUUUCGAUCUUGGCUUAGGCGUAAUUGCAAAUCACGCCGAAAUAAUGUCAGAAGCACAAGCCGCUGUGAGCAAUAAUGCUGGCGCCAACGCCAAUAAUGCUGUCGCACAGACAAUAGAGGCACUAGAGAUAGCUGACAAAGCCGAAUAUUAUGCUGCUAUCCACACUAAGCAAGCGGCUAAAGCAGCUGAAGCCGCGAUGGCUUCGGCUGCUCGUGCUUCUGCGGCUGCUGAUGCCGCCAAAGUAUCUUCCCAGGAAUCAGCUGUGGAAGCCAGUAAUGCCGCCGUCACUGAAGCCAAAGCCAAUGCCGGGUCCAUAAUUGCUAACAAAGCAAAUGCCGUAAUGGCAGAAGCCGCUGCUGAGCUUGCAGCUGCAGCUGCUAAGACUAAAGAGUCUGCGGUGAAAUCUCAAAAUGCUGCCAGAGCUGCUGCAAAGGCGCAAGCUGAGGUUACUGAGGCUGGCGCCAACGCCUUGGUCGCUCUAGCUAAAGCUAAAGCUGCAGUAACUCGUGCAGCCGCUGACCAAGCCGUAUGUACAUCUCAGGCUCAGGCUGCCAGUCAAAUUCAAUCAAGAGCCUCCGCAUCUGAAUCUGCAGCGUCGGCCCAAUCAGAGACCAACACCGCUGCCGCUGAAGCUGUUGCUAUCGCAGAUGCCGAAGCCGCUGAUCAAGCUAAAACAUGGGUCGAGUCGCUGAAACGCGAUAUGUGGCUUCGCUUCAAUAUGAAGGGAGAUGCCAAGGCGGAAGCCAAAGCCGAAGUUAUCACGGUUGGUCAAGGAUAUCAUGAUAUCAAGAGGGCAGGCAGCUUCGCAGAAGCCAAUGUUGAGACAAGCAGUAAUAUAUCAAUGGGUGGACGUCACGGACACAAAGACAGCGUUUCUGCUGCUCUAGCGGCCGCUUCUGCCGGCACCAGCAAUGAUGUUAUGUGAAAACGUUACAACUUUCAUUUCAAAAAGAUGUUGCGGUGGCGGACGUAAAAAUAUUGGCUACACCAAUAUUGUAGGUUAGCACACAAUUACACGGGCAAGAAUAAAAAAAAUCUUAAGCAGCGGUUUGAUUCGAAAAAUGUAAGAAUAAAAAUAAAUUGUUAUGUAGCAACUCUUAAACAUGUUUCUUUUUUAA